AUGACUAUCCUCAACCCAGACCAGCUGGUCGAAGAAUUCAAGAAGUCGGGAGAGUUCGAUAGACUACGUCGGGAGCUCCUAGCGCAAUUCCGGAGCAGCGAUGGCAUGAAUUCACUUAUGAGCAGAGUGGAGGACAUCACACGGCAGAAAUUUGCAUCCGACCCAAAGCUGCAAUACAUGCCAGACCCAAUGCUGAUCAGAGAGUUGAUGCAAGAACUGGACAGGUAUCUCGUCAUAUUUGUUGCUUUGGCCGUGCAGAUUGACCGGUCUAGAUAUCCCAUAGUUGAGCGUGCUGUGGCAGAUGCACCAGCUCUAUCUGACCCUCGUUUUGUAUCGAGCAUUCGUGAAUCUAUAGGCAAGACCCUGUACGAGCAUAGGAAGAAGUCCAACCCUUCAUCAAGGAAUUCGUUGAUGUCUGUGUCCACUCACCUCGAGGGACAGCCUGCGCCGCAAGUACCGCUCGCUGAUUCUGUCAAAGCAAGCGCACAAGGUCCUACAUCCCACGAUGCCGAAAUGGAUGCUGUCCAGGCAGAUGCUGCCCCCCCACACACAGAUCCAGCAGAUCCUGUGAUGCCUCCUAGCGAAAGUGUGCGAGCAGUCCACUUCGCUGAAAAUCUUCGAGAAAAUCAAAAUAUCACUGAGGUUGCCGAAGACAGCGUGCGAGACAACGAUGAGAAAAUUGUGCCAGAUACGCCUGCGUUAGAUGGAAGAGCUUCGUGA